AAUUAUUUUCUAAUGAAGUUAAAAUGCGAUAUGCUUAUAGAUAUAAAGGAAGUAGCUAAGGGAAUGUACUCUAUUACUUCACUGUCCCAGUCAACAAAAGCAUGUUUAUUUUCUGUUGGAUUUUGUGUAAUUUCUAGCAACAUUUUUUCGAUUUGGAUUGCUGCUGGUGAAAGACUCUUUUGUAUAUUUUGAUAUUUAGAUCUAUAUUCAUAUUGCAUUUUUAUUUGUGUAACAAUAAUGGCCAAUAAGCAUAAUAAAAGGCAAGGUUGUGGUAGAAAAAGAAAAUUUCGUGGGAAUAAAUACACCAAGUCUGCAAAGUCUACAAGUAGUACAAGUGAUGAUCAUGGACAAGUUGGUGAACAACAAGAGACACAUCAAGCUGCUUCACCUAAUGUAGAUAUUUCAUCUGAAUCAAGUUUAUCAGAUAAUCCACUGGAUUGUAAUAUCUUUUUAAACCUAGCAUGUUUUAAUAAUUUCUUGGCAAGUUACUUGAUAUGUCCUAAAUGCUUCAACUAUUCUCUAAAUUUGUUUUUGAAUGAAAGCGCAAGAAUUGGAUUUUGUCAGGAACUAAUUGUGAAAUGCACUUCAGCUGACUGCUCAUUUGAAGAAAGCUUUAGAUCUUCUAAAGAAAAUAGAGAUGGUCAAAAAAGAGGAUUUAGGGAAAUAAAUCUCAGAAUGGUAUCAUUUGUAAGAUCCAUAGGUCGAGGUCACAGUGCGCUCUUGAAUUCUUGUCAACACACAAACAGUCCACCUCCUAUUUCUGAAACAUCUUAUCAAUCUGUAAUGCAUACCAUAGGCCUUGCAUCUAAGAAAGUUGCAGAAGAAAGUAUGGAAAAGGCUGCAAGGGAAGUGAAAGAAAAGGUUGGAAUCAGCAACGAAGAAGGCAUCACUGACUGCGGUGUGAGCGUUGAUGGGACAUGGCAGCGUUGAGGGCACUCGAGCCAUCAUGGCGUUGUUACAGCCAUAUCAAUAGAAACAGUCGAGGUUACAAUUGUCUUGUCUACGCUGUCGAAGCAUCAGCAGACAUUCCAGAUGUAUCUGAUAAACUAUUGGGUCAGGUGAUCAAACCUGAUCAACAGUGUCAACAGUUUUUUGGAAAUGAUUCCUUCUUUUGCAGGGUCUGCAUAAAUGGACAAUGUGUCAGCGACCCAUACGCUCCUCAAAUUGAUGAAAACUGUGCGUUUGGAGACAGACCAAGCUAUUCUUGCAGUUUGUUUAUCAAUGACUUUAUGGGCAACUGUUACUCUACUCUUGGCUAUCGAGCAUGUUGUGACACGUGUAACAAUGUGUCUAGGCCCGUGAAAGGCUGUGAAUACGGAGAUAGAAUCAUCGAUUGUACAAAAGAUCACUGCUUGAAUUCUCAAGUGGAUUGCUGCGGCAUGUGUAGCUAUGGCACCCCCUUUACCCCAACGUACAGCACCAGAAGAAGCACACGAUUAGCCACGACAGUAAAUCCCCUUGUGCUAUUCACUUCAAUUAAAGAUUGUAAACCAGGAGGUCAAGACUUGAGACCAGAACUGUGUACUAACUUUAGCGUCUGCCUAAUACAGCCAACACAGUGCUGUCACUACUGCUCGUCAUAUUACACGUCUGAAACUACAAGUACCACGACAACGAGACCAUUGAUACCAUCCACUUCACCCAAAACUAAAUGUGAACCAGGAGAUCCAGACUUGAGGCCAGAACUGUGCACUAACACUAGUGUCUGCCAGACAAAGUCAUCACUAUGCUGUCACUAUUGCUCGUUACAUUACAAUUCUGCAACUACAAGUACCACACAAUUAACGUCCCCCAACGAGUGUGUACUAGGAGAACCAGAUUUAAGUCCACAGCUGUGUACUAGCCGUAGUAUCUGCCAGACACAGCCAUUGAUGUGCUGUAAAUAUUGUUCUUCCCGAGACAAUUCUGCAAGCCAUCUCUCUUUAUACACUAUUUGGAUAUAUUGUUUUUGUAUUGCGUUCAUUCUUUAUAUUAAAACAAAUGUCUAUUAGGUAGAUAAAGUACAAAUGUCUAUUAAGUAGAUAAAGUACAAAUGUCUAUUAGGGAGCUAAAGUACAAGACUCUUAGGUAGAUAAAGUACUUACCCUUGUUUGGAAUUUUUUUUUAGUUUUUGUCAAUUUCUUAUCUUUGUACCAUUUUAAGCAUUGUUUACACAAGGAAAUCAAUUAUAAUGAAGCAAUCUAUCAAUCAUAAUGAAGCAAUCGUUGGUGUACUGUGCAUGAAAUAAUACACCUCUAAAACAUGUAACCAGGGCCGGACUUAGAUAAUGAGCCUCCUUGUCCUUAUCAUUAUGAGGAACAUUUUGUACAUCCUCUUAUAAUUCUGGAUCUAGAGAUAAAUUAUGUUGCUUGUUUUUAUUUCUUUUAUUAAACAGUUUCAAGUUCUUUAUAUAA